GGCCGAAACCGAUUUCAUAGCCUUCUCGUCGAAGGCAAUGACAUAGAAAUAUUGUCACUGUUGCAAUUGUGAUUGUAUGCUGAAGAACUGGAAGGCACAUACGGUUGUUGUGUUAUGGUGUGAUGUUCUGAUAAUUUGAGAACAGAAGUAUGGACUGUCACAUUCGCCAUAGGUCGUCGUGCGAUUUUGGCAUGGAAUUUUAUAUGUACAUACCCUUCUCCCUUCAGGCACAGCAGUACCAGGCCACACAACAGGCUGCUGCUAUCCAGGCCCCUACACAGGCCUACCCUACACAGCCACAGGCCUACCCUACACAGCCACAGGCCUACCCUACACAGGCAUCUGGAGCAAUGCCAGUUGCUCAAUUCAGCCUGUACCCAUCCCUGGAUGACUACAUGGGACUGAGUCUGACCCCAGAGGAGGUGAGAGCCAAUAUGCCACAGGUUCUGGAGCCACCACCUUCGCAGGCCGUUGUUCCUCGUCCCGCGGGUACCGUGGUGACAGCCCCAAUCUCUGGGAACAGCGUGGGAAUCCAGCGUGCUGAGAUCAAACAGGGAGUCAGGCAGCUGGUGUGCUGUAAGGACGCUAGUGGCAAGAUCGGACUCAGAGUCAGGCACGUCAAUAAGGGUGUGUUUGUGGCCUUUGUGCACAAGGACUCCCCAGCAGCGUUGGCAGGCCUUCGUUUUGGCGACCAGAUCCUGCAGAUUAACGAGGAGGUGGUAGCUGGCUGGGACAUGGACAAGACAAUGAAGUACCUGAAGAAGUGCCCACCAGACAGGAUCGUCUUUGCUGUCAGGGACAGGCCAUUUGAGAGGACAAUCACCAUGCAGAAGGACAGCUCCAACCACAUCGGCUUUGUCUUCAAGAAUGGCAAGAUCACAGCCAUCGCGAAGGACACGUCCGCCGCACGGAACGGUGUUCUCAUUGAGCACCAGCUGAUCGAGGUCAACGGGCAGAACGUUGUCGGACUGAAGGACAAGGAGAUUGCUGAGAUCAUUGCAGCAGGGGGACAGACUAUUACCAUCACCAUCAUGCCCACCUAUGUGUACAACCACAUUGUCAAGAACAUGGCAGACAGCUUGGUCAAGAAGAUGAUGGACCAUUCCAUUCCAGACCUGUAAACCACUUCUUACACAGAACUCUGAUGUCAAAGGAACAUCCACACAUACAGGGGCUUACCUUUGUACAUAAGUCAAAGAGGAACUCUAUAAAAUGUAAUUAUAUCUAAGCAGAAAUCAAUGCUGAUGUAAGGGCUGUAAUCCUGUGUAGUUAAACUGUGGCUUAUGGACAAGUGACAUGUGAUGUCACCAUGCAGGCCUUGUGGUCUUAAAUUCAUCCUCAACUGACGGAUUGUAAUGCAGCUGUAGAAUUAGAAGAAAAUCUCAAUAACUACAUUUCGUGUGCAGGGUUUGCCUCAGUCAGAACAAGCUUUAUGUGCUACUCUUAAUACCAGGUACUUUUAUGAACAUGUUUUGACACAGGUUGGGGAAAACACAGUGGAAGGCAAGGCAUGACUGUCAUUCAAAAUUGUAAAAUAUAUUUUACUAACUGUAGACUUUAUUGUGUUUUUGCCUAACAAGGGUGAACAUUUAUCAUUUGAGUUUGUUUUACACAUAAUACCAAAGUCUCCAAUGACACCUGCAUCAUGGAGUGCUUUCCUCUGUGAAAGAAUUGAAACAAGCUGAGUGGGUAUUAAUCAUUCCAUUUCAUGUUUUUAAUAAGUUAAUAUUCUCUAUAUCAAGUAACGUUGGGUCGUGGAAAAAGAGUAGGUCUUGAUAUAAUGUGAGAUACUGACAUGUUUGGCAGAUGUAUAAUUUUAUAAGCUGUAUACUAGAAAAGAGUGAAGUUAUAGUUGGCUUAGAGCUGUUCUCAAACAAAAAGAACAACCAAUCAAUUAAUUAAAGAGGAUUUCAAUGAAUUAUUGUUGAUUGUUUGUGAGAAUUUGAUAUUAUUUUAUACUUAAUUUUGACUUAGUCAAUAAGAUUUGCUUGGUAGAAAGAAAAACAAUGUCUCUGACCAAAGUUAAUGCUAUAUUUCAGGAAAAGUCUUUCAUGUGAUUGUCCUGAAGGUCAGCAUAGUUUUCAUCUACAAGUGAUUUACACUAUACUACAAUUUUUAUCCCGUAUGAUAUUGGACCUUUAUUUUGGUAAAGAGGGUGCAUAAUGAUUUACAAUUCUAUCCAAAUUAUACCCUGCAUGUUAUCUAUAAAGAAGAUUGUACAUGUAUAUCUGAAAUUGUUACUCCCAUUACAAAUGUCAAAUAAAGUGAAAUGAAGUGCUCUUCACUGCAAUUAUCAA